AUGUUGUCCGAGCCACAUCCCCUUUUUUUCCCUCUUCCUUUAUUUUCUCAUUCAUCCCAGACGGCGACGGGGUUCGCAUGGAUGGGAUGUGGAACACAGAACGCGGCGAUGGGCUCGAUUGAUUCGCCGGCUUGGCCGGGUCCACCCAAAAGAAUGCGGGAGGCAACCCAACAACCAACAACUUCUUGGCCUACCUGGUCUAGACUGAAAUCUAGUCUAGUGCAAGUAGCGUCUUUGUACCAGACGGGUUUUCUUAGCGUCCUUGUCGGGGCAAAAUCCCUUGUGCUGGGGCCGAGGACCAUGAUCAUAAUUGCGCGGGGAAAAAAAAAAGAGAAUUAA